UGGUUUAGUGGAGAUUAAGAACGUCCACGCUGUCCUCAUUUUGAYGACUGAAGCUUUGAGACUUUAAAGUUACAGCUUCUUGUUUCUGUGCGUUCCUCCUCCUGCCGGGAGCCUCCAGCUCUCUGGUCUUCCCUCCCCGUCAGCCUGCAGACGGAGGAAGGUGCGGCGCGUCCGUCCGGCUGAACAGACGUGGGGAUCUCAGCCAGUCUGUCUGCGGAUGCUUUCACUCUCUCUUUCAUCCCUGCCCAGCCGUGAUCCUCACAUGAGGACUCUGUUUUCCUCCCUGCCACCGAGAGGCAGCGRCUCUGCUUUCAUUUCUUCCUUCAGCUCUUGAGCCGAGCUUCAAACUGGAGACUGUGGUAGAGAUGGACUGCUGGGAUCAUCUGAUCCAGCUUCAGCUGGCUGGUUCAGGUGACUGGGCUCCCUGUGACACUAAGAAGGUGGAGAUGCCCAGCAAAGAGAUGGAGGUGGUGAAAGGUCAGAUGGUGGUGCUUCAGGCCUGGUACAGCCCGAGCUCUGACAUCUCCCUAAACUCUGUCGUCUGGCAGUUUACACGCAACGAGUCCAAACAGGUGAUAAACUUCAGCUCAGGUAAAGUGGGACACGGUCAAAACGAGUUCACCAAGAGGGUGGGCUUCAGCGUGGCCAUGCCCUCAGCCAACCUGUCCAUCUACAUCAACGACACCCAGGAAACGGACUCGGGUCACUACAUGUGCCACGUCAUCGUCCCCGGAGAGCAGGGCCUGACCGGAGAGAUGCGGCUUAACGUCAAAGUUCCWCCCUCGCCUCCGGAGUGCAGCCUGACGGGAAACCCGGUGGUGAAAGGCAACGUAACUUUGAGCUGCAGGUCCCAGCACGGAAAACCUGCCCCUCAGUACAAAUGGACCAAAGCUGCACCCAUGUCUGAGGUCUUCUUCUCCCCGAUGCAAA